CUAURAUAUUCUAGAGUCCGCGACGAAAACAAGGAGUAAAUAUUGCUUACGUGCUGCACUUGAUACAGUUUUAUUACUCGCACCGUUUUACAAGUUCCGGGUUUUUGAUUUUGAACCAACCACAAAGAGCAAAGAAAUUUAGUGUCAAAUUACACGCUUGGACUUGAAGUAUCGUAUUUCCCAAUCAAGCCACUCGCCAUAAUUUUUGAGGACUAGAGUUGUAGUCUUGUAGAGACUGAGGUAAUCGUGGGAAAUAUCGACUUUGGUUGUAAUUUGGUUUUCCAGGCGUUUUGUUGCGUUGCCUUCCGUGUUCAACAUGAAGAACGGUAUAUUUAAAACAGAUUUGUUUACUCGCCGUGUGUGUUGUUCUUUUGCUAUUGCGCUGGUCUUGGGAUUAAUCAACAAAUCAAACUGCUYAAUAACCACUAGCAGCAGUACUAACAGCACAAACACUACCCCAUCGCCACUUUCUACAUUGUCACGGUCACCAUCAUCACCAUCAGCUACAACGACAUCUGUCACAACAACAACCACAAAAAAGCCAGAUGCAUCUACCACUGCAACGAUCACACGUCCUCCAGCAACUACAAGUAUUAAGCCUGCUACAACGACAUCUGUCACAACAACCACCACAAAUAAGCCAGGUACAACAACGCCUCCAGCAGUCACCCAAAUAUGGGAUAAAGUGAUUGGCGGAUGGCUUGGGGAAAAAAUCAGUUUCAUUGUUGUCGUGUCAGCUGUGGCAUUGUGUCUCAUACUUCUGCUAGCACUUAUCAUCACAUGUUGCCAGUAUCACAAACUCAAGAAAAAAACUAAGUUCCCUAAAGAUCUGAUAAUCAAUAACGACAGUGCGUGGAUCAAUAGCAACGACGAUUUGUUGAUGUGGGAACGUAACUUGCGCGCCACGGAAGUCAACGCCGCACCGCCUACGGCACCAGCCAAUGAUAAGCGACAAUAGARAYUAUCACGAACAUGAUUAUAAGCUAGCAAGGCCCAAAGAAAGGAUCUUCUAGUAAAAUGAUGAAAAGCUUAAAACGUCCACGGUGGCUGCAUUUGAGAAUAUUUUAUAGAAAAAGGACAGUCAAUUUUGAAAUAGAAAAUCAUAGUACGUGCUUAUCGAGUACAAAAAUUCGUAAUGGAUCCAUUCACGCUAACGCCGCCAUUUUGAAUUGAGGCAAACGCGCGAAGAUUKGGGAAAUAUAUUGAUCACUUUGACCCCGCUCAAUCUGAACAAAUUCGUAAGGUUUGUAAGUUACUAGAUGUAUGUCAAGUAAGUGGUUGAAUAUAAGAUAAAGGCUAGUGCAUUACCUACUUUUUUGGUAGUAAAAUAGGAUUAAUUAUCAAAUUUCGUAAUAAAAAUAAUAAAAAUACGAAUAAAUCUCAUUGUUUUUGAAAAAAAUGUUUGAACAGAUUUACAAGAAGUCAAAGUCCCUUUCGCGCGUUUUUCGACAAUUUAAAAUGACAGACAAACUUUGAAACAGAUUGGUAAAUUUUAAUUUUUGACCCGAAAAGUUAAAUAUUCCAUUAUUGAGAUUUUAGCGCUUGGUUUUCGUAAAUCCGUGAAUCACCUUUGCGUGCUAUUAAAGUUUGAUAUUCAAAAAGGCACAAAGGAAAACAAUGCUAUUAGAGCGUACUAAGGUGAAUUAGUGUAAUACCUAUUUCACGGGUUUUUUGACCUCACUCUAAUUUCUUUUGUGUAUUUGACUAUUCAGUUGAGUCUCCCGUAAGCGGAUAUCCUUUGGAAAAGGAAAAAGUGUGCGUUGGAAGAAUGUUUAUA